UCGGAUCCACCCGAAGAACGACAGUUGCCGACUGCUUCAAACUCAAAGUCGACAAGUCAGCGGCUAACCUUACAUGAACCUGGCAGCUGCUGGGAGACAAGACCAAGACGGAAGGUAAACAAAGCCAAUGACUGUUACAAGAUACCGUCAGUGCUACAGAUGGCGGAUUCAUCCCAGAAGAAAGACUACAGUAACCCUGUAUAUAAAGAAAUAUCACUAAAAAAUGGUGAAAUCAAUAAAUGGAAUAAGUUGCAGCUGGUUGCCAAACUUGAAGAGUUAGAACUAGAUAAAGAAGGUACCACAGAUGUAUUGAAGAAACGACUGAAGUCACAUAUGCGGAAGCAGAAGUUAAUCAAAGCUGGUUUGGAAUCAGAUGACAUAAUCAAUCCUGUAAAAUGUCCGUUUGAUUACCUAGUAGUGAUAGAUUAUGAAGCCACAUGUGAGAAAGAAAAUCCUACAGACUAUGUUCAUGAAAUUAUUGAGUUCCCAGUGGUGUUGAUAAAUAGUAAAACGCUGAAAAUGGAAAAGGAGUUUCGUACCUUCUGUCGGCCAGUAUUACACCCCAAACUAUCAGAUUUCUGUACAGAACUAACUGGGAUCACACAGGCCCAGGUGGAUGGUGCUCCUUUAUUUUCAGAUGUGCUUGACCAAUUCGAAAACUGGCUUGAAGAGAAUAAACUUGGAUCAGAGUACAGUUUUGCAAUUGUAACUGAUGGGCCAUGGGAUAUUAUAUGUUUCCUCAAUGUACAAUGUGUUUUGAGUCAAAUUUCUUUCCCGGAGUAUGCACGUCGCUGGAUUAAUAUCCGAAAACUAUUCAGCAAUUACUACCACACCCGAAGACUUAAACUCACCCUUAUGUUGGAUCAUCUUGGAAUGACUUUUGAAGGACGUCAACACAGUGGUAUUGCAGAUUGUAGGAACAUUGCACGAAUAAUGGUAAAAUUACUGGAAGACGGCUGUCAAAUAAAGACAAAUGAAGUAUUCACACUGCCGAAGCAGACUUACGGCGAUUCUGAUGGAAUGAGUGAGAUAGAUUCACAAGAUGAUGUGGAACAGGUUGAUGAUAUCACUGAAAAAAUUCAGUCCAUCACAGUUGAAAAAAAAGCAGAGCAUGUGUCCCAUGUGGACAAAUCUGCUGGCAACAGAACACUAUCUGAAAAAUCUGCUAGAAGGAAGACUACACAUUCGCAGCAGCCAAAGGAUUCAAAACAGGCAGCCCAGUUAUCACAAGCAAAGAAUAUCAAUGAUUCAAAUGAUUCCAUCAGAAACAAAGAACAGAAGGCCAGUGUUAAGGAUCAUGUAAUGGAGAAGGCUAGUGAUGUUGGAGAUGGCCCAUGGCAAAUUGUGACUAAAAAUAAAAAUAAAAAAAAAUAA